AUGGCUUCUGUUCUUGCAGACAGGCCGGAUAACUCCGACUGGAAAGAGGUCAUCCACGCACCAGUGGAGAACCAAGCAGUCAACCUGCCGGAGCUCGGUAGCUUCAUCCUUGACAAAAUCACACCACCUCUAAAAGAAAGGGAAGACGCCAACGAGUGGAUCGACAAAGCGGAGAAGAUACUAGACAGUCACAAUUUACAUCACCUCAUCAACUGUGCGGUGCCUUGGCCAAAAAGGAACAACCCUGACGGAAAGAAAUGGAUGACACUAUCGAAGCAAGUGAGGGCAUGGUUAUCUGCUAGCCUUGAUAAUGAGGUUAUGCAGGAGAUCCGGCUCAGAGGAAACGAUAUUCAUUUUGCCGAUGAGUUUAUGGACGAGAUCCAUAAACAUAUGAAACGUGAUAGUCACACAGCACAGAGGAUGGCAGUCAAAGCCUUUCGAACCACCUCCCGCAGCCAGUUUUCGUCAAACUUGGAAUUCAUCAGGGCCGUCAAACGACGAUACAGGGCUAUUAAUGAUGCGAAGGGUGAGAUCCCUGCAUACUUUGCAUUGGAAAUCAUACUUGAAGAGUUGGACAGUGUACCGGAAAUGAAGACCUUUCUUGACAUCAAGAGCAAUGAACUCAAUGCCCUCAAGAACCCAAUGGUGGAGAUCACCACUGUUGAUCUUUACCAGUAUGCAGCUUCGAUUGAAGAUUACAUCAAGCUUAAAGGCAUUGACUCCUACGGGGAGUAG